UUCUUAUCAUUGAUGGAUUAUGGAAUUUGUCGAUUUUAUAGGGGCGAAAGGACCCCGAAGGAGGUGACAGCAGAGGUGAGCUUCCAAUUCCCAAAGGACAAGUAUAUUCACGAGCAAGUUUUCGGUUUCAUCGACUUCCUAGCAGCCGUUGGAGGUGCUGCAGGACUAGUACUCGGUGCGAGUAUUCUCUCCUUCGUGGAGAUCUUCUACUUCGCAACUUUACGCUGUUUCCUCUACUACAGGAAGAUGCAGAGGGAGAAAAGGAGAUAUGAAAGGAUGAAGCAACGUUAUUAAAAAACA